AUGGAAGGAUUCAGAAUCCCACCUGCUAUGGAAUUUUCGGGAAACAUGGGACAAAAUUGGGCCACAUGGAUUCAAAAAUUCGAAUUAUAUAUGUUAGCUGCCGUGGAUACGGAUGCUUCUGAAGAAAAAAAGGUGGCAAUAUUCCUGAAUUUAAUCGGAGAUGCAGGUUUGGAAAUUUUUAAUACCUUGAAGUUAAAAAUUUCUUCUGCAAAACUGGAGGAUGUAAAGGCGGCAUUCAAGAAGUAUUGCGAACCAAAGAAGAAUGUGGUGUUCGACCGUUUUAAAUUUUUGAGCUGCACUCAGAAGGAUGGCCAGUCGAUAACGAGUUUCAUUACGGAAAUAAAAACUCUGGUGAAAAACUGCGAGUACACCAAUGAAGAUGAGAUGGUCAGGGACAAGAUCAUAAUGGGAAUGAAGGACGAUAACCUGCGAGAGAAGCUGCUGCAGAAUGAGAGCUUGUCACUGAAGAAAACUGAGGAAAUUUGCAACAUCAUGGAGAUUAGCCGGCAGCAAGCAAGUGUGAUCACUGGUAAUCAGCCAAAGCCGGAUUAUGCCGUUGAUGCUGUUACUCAGAAGAGAUUAAAUAAGUUAAGUAAUAGAAAUAGUUACAAUAAAUCAUUCAUAAAAUGUCAAAGAUGUGGAUAUAAACAUGACAAUCGUAAAUGUCCUGCUUUUGGUAAAACUUGCUCAUAUUGUAAAAAACACAAUCAUUUUUCUUAUUAA